AUGCGGGAAGUAAAUUUCAGCAUUCCGAACGUCAACAAGGCGGCUGUCAACAUUACGACUACGCUUUACGACCGACGCGCCCUUGAUUGCACGUCAACAUUACCGCUCAUCAACUCUCUGAACCACCUCGCCUACCUCACCACAUCGUCCGCCAGGAUUCGUGAUAUUCUGACCGUGGAUGGCGGGAUAGAACAGCUAGUAUGCAUUCUCAAGGAAGGGAGAAGCAAGGACUUGAUGGAAAUGUGGAAAUGGAAUCUGGCUUUCCAAUGUGUCGUCAAUAUCGGAGUUCGUGGUACAGAGAACGUGAGGACGAGAGUGGUUGAGGCAGAUAUUGUGCCUGUGGUGGCCACAAUUCUCGAUAACUACAUUCGCGUUGUCGAUAAGAUAAGGGCACGUGCGGAUGCAGAAGCCCAAAGAAACUGCUCCAGAACCAACAAGCCUUCAUCCCGAUCACACAAUCAGGGCAAUCGUUCAUCUUUCUUCGACAGGGCUCCCACUACUUCAGACCACCGCACUACUCGUCGACAAGCGCCACCACCGUCCAUUGAGAUCCCCCAUCCGUAUUCCCAAGACUCGCAGCCAGGGGAGUCUGGAGCAAUGGAGAUCACGCCCUCUCCUCAACUCGUCUUGACAUCCCCACCAGAACGAACGACCUUUCCCCGCGAUGGUCGCAGCCACCGAACACACGAGGGCCGUCUUCAGCCAGGAACACAUCGCCAUCGAAUUAUGCAGCCUCUUGCUACUGCUCUACCUCCUGUGGAUGGCACUGAUGGCUUUGGAAUGAGACCAGUUCGCGAUGCAGACAGGUUGCCUUCGAUGGUCCCAGGCCUGCAGCCAGGGCUUAACUCUCAACCCGACUCACCCACUACACCCCAUGCCGUUCCUGAUAAUCAAAACCCUGCAUCACUCACUGCUAGAGCUAGAAGACGCCCGUCAAUCCGGCAACAACCUUCAGGAUCAGGAGAGUCUGAUGACACAAAUGGCGAUGAUGUCGCCAUGGGAGAGGAUCCCUCCCCUCACCCUGUUGCUGAACCCAUAGUUGAUGUACAAAACGGAAUGGAAAUCGAUAAUGUUGGUGAAAGUGGCUCGAUGCUCGACGGUAGUUCUGAUACCCACGCAAUUACGAUUCCCAACCCAUCGGAUACACCCGAAGCAGAGACUUUCAACAUUACGCACCCAUCUGCAAUUGAUGUAAGCAUCAUAAACACAACAACGCAACCCGGAAACGGAGGUACUGGUCUGUCUCCCGCUCGCCCCACUACCAUAACUACGGCAUCUCCUGUUAUCCAACAAACACCUUACCCAUUUUACUUGCGGGAUCGGCAGGUUGCACCAAACGUUUUGACUGCGAUGCCUCGAGAUGAAGAUGUGUUGAUGGCCUUACAACUUUUGGCGUAUGUGUCAAAAUAUUGUAAUUUGCGCUCCUACUUCCAGAAAUCUCACUUGGUCCCCAAAUUGAAGUUGGGGAAGGAUAUUCAUCUAUUGGACGAUGCCACCGGUCAACCUCACACUCCAUUGGAGCAGGAAGAGGAAGAAGAAGAAUACCUCCUUCCUGAUGAUUUCAAUAUCUUCCCCCUCGUUGAAAAAUUCACCAUUCGACAUCAUACUAAGGAUAUGCAAUAUUGGGCGUGCGUUGUGAUGCGAAAUCUAUGCCGCAAGGAUGACGCGCGGGGCGGGAUUCGCCAGUGCGCCUACUAUAAAUGUGGCAAAUGGGAGGAGUUUCAGCGGCAAUUUGCGAAAUGUCGCCGAUGCCGCAGAACGAAAUACUGCAGCAAAGAGUGCCAGAAGAAUGCCUGGGCAUUCCACCGCCAUUGGUGCCACAUUACUCCAGGACCGUCAGAGCAGGCCCAUUAA